UCAAAUAGGUUUUUGAGCAUUGCUGAGCUUCACUAGGUUGAGAACUUGAAAUCAUGGCCAGGAGGAGAUCUCUAAGAUUAAAUCCAUCUGAUGAUGAUGAUGAAGUUUUAUCCAAUGAGGAAAAUCUGAAUGAUUUGUCUUUCUAUGAUGGCCCUCCCUGGCAUCCUCCCAAUGUCAUCUGUGAUAAUCUCAAUGAGUCAGGCAUCAGGAGUAAUGGGCACUUUGUUCAACAGCGAGAUGUUGAGAAUGUGGUGAAACUUUUGGAGGAGGACUGCACCGUCCCCUUUAUAGCACGUUACAGGAAGGAACAGACCAGUAAUAUGGAGGCGGCAGUAAUAAGAGAAAUAAAAUCUUCACUCGAGGAGCUGAAGGCAGUCCAGGAUAAAACAAAAUUUCAUCUGCUGAAACUUGGAAAAGAAAAAAAACUGUCAACGGACAUACGGGAAAAACUCUGUAACUCCUACAGCAUGGAGCAACUGGAGCAAUUGGUUGCUCCUUUUAAAAGUGGUUCAAAAACAACAUUGGCUGAGAGAGCCAGAAAGGCUGGAUUAGAGCCUGCAGCGGAAGACAUUUUAGGAGAUAAAGGUCUCUUUAACGUACAGGACUACAUCCAGUCAGAAGGAUGUACAAGGACUGCUAAAGAGGUGGAGGAAGGUGUGCAGCACAUUGUUGCUGAAGUGAUAUCCAAGGACAAGGCCACAGUGGACUAUCUGAGAUCUUGUGUGAAAGAGAUGAGUUCACAGAUAUUCUUGUGUGUGAGCAAAGCCUCGCAGGCGAGGAAGAAGACCAAGAAAGACCAGCAAGUGGACUUUGAGAAAUUCCAGUCCUACAUGGACAAGAAGCACUGUAUAAAUACGGUCAGACCUCAUCAGGUCUUGGCCAUAAACCGAGGAGAAGAGCUCAAAGCUCUCUCUGUCAAGGUUAGUCUACCGGACAGACUCAACGAGAGAUUCAUGCACUGGUGCAAGACUAAGUGGUGCUCCAAGACACAGCCAAACUCCUAUGCUGCUAGGAUCAUCUGUAUUUCAGUAGAGGAUUCCUAUAACCGUCUUAUGGCUCCGAUGAUCAUGAGGGAGAUCAGAUCCAAGUUGAACAAAACUGCAGAGAAAGCGUCCAUUGAGGUAUUCACCCAAAAUCUCCAUCGGUUACUACUUACACCACCGGUCAAAGGCAGGGUUAUAUUGGGAAUAGACCCAGGGUUCAAGAAUGGCUGCAAGCUAGCCGUCAUAUCUGCCACAGGGAAUCAUAGCGCUGUAAUGAUUCUCCAUUGA